AUGCUUCUUUUUUCGCUCGCGUUCAGGAACAACAACGACACCGACGGCGGCGGCGACGUCGACGGGGCUGCGGACCUCUGGCGGGGGGGCGGUCUCAUCCUGGCCGACAACGUGGACCUCCUACGGAGCAUCGUCCGCUUCGUGGCCGAGAAGCAGUUCCUCUUCUUCGCGCCGGUCUCCAGGGCCUGGAGGGAGGCCUGGGGCCGCCGCCCGGCGGUGACGAGCUGGGUCACCGAAGACUCGUCCGUGUCCCAGCUGAGGUACAGCUUCGAGCGGGGGCUCCCGCGGGACCGGCCGGAGCUGUGCGCCGCCAUCGCGCGGCUCGGCAACCUCGAGCUCCUGCGGUCGGCGAGGGGCAGCGGGUGCGUCUGGAACGGGCUGACGUUCUCGGAGGCGGCGCGGCGGGGGGACCUGGCGUUCCUCCAGUGGCUCAAGUCCAGCGGGUGCAGGUGGGACAAGUUCUCGGCCAUCGCCGCGGCCGGGGGGGGGCACCUCCACGUGCUAAAGUGGCUGAGGAAGAGUGGCGUCGGGUGGGACGACGACGAGUGGACCUGCCACAUGGCGGCGGCGGGGGGCCACGUGCACGUCCUGCGGUGGGCCAUACAGAACGGGUGCCGGUACGACAACGUCACCUGCUGGUCGGCCGCGCACCAGGGCCACCUCGAGGCCCUCAAGUACCUGAGAAAAAUCGGCUGCGGCUGGGACAGGCAGCGGUGCUUCGACGCCGCGGUCCGCGGGGGCCACCGGCGCGUGGCGGAGUGGAUCGUGGCGAACUGA